GGGGGGGGGAGGAGUAGGUCUGCAUGGUGAUGUCUGAUAGCUCAAUGUUGUUGGAGUCAUUUAAUUAAAUAGAAUAACUAAAACUGAUUGGGAUUUUCACUAGUAGACAAAAGUACGAUGCAAAUGAUCAAAAAUGAGAAAAUUUCUGUUCUACGGGGGGGGGAGGGGGCAUUUAAAUAUUAAAAGGGGAUGAUAUCGUGAUUGCAAUCCUGAAAUAUAUACCGUACAUACUAAAUAAAUGCAAAUAAACUAACCAAGCUGUUUUCUAUACUUGUCAAUAUUUGUAUGUCCAUAACUGUUAUCUUUUCUGCCCAUUACUUUGAAAAUAUUUGAUCGAAUCAACAACGAAAUGUCUUAUGAUGUGGCAAUUAAAACAAUUUUUGUUUUCCUCGAGUCGGAACGUGUCGUGAAGCCUUGUAGUGUAUGGAAAAUAAGGAAACUUUUAACCCGAGUCGGAAAUACUCGUGAUACUCUCGUUACCCGAGCGUUGAUACGAUCGCUUUUUGGGAUAUUGAAAUUCUAAAAAUUGCAAAGAUGUUUGCAUGGACCACUGGAUUUAGACAUUGAGCUCUAGACUUUGAGGUCUGGGGGUCAGCCUCCAGACUUUGAUGGUCAUUCUACAAAUGGAAACAAUUGAAAAUAAUAACCAGCACACUGUAUUAUAUGAAAUUCUAAUGUGUGAAUAUGCUGCUUCUAACAGAAUGGAAGACAUGUUAGCAGGUAUUAAAUGUUCUGGCCCUUUAAAACAAAAAAGUCUGUAGGCACAGCGUAUUAACCGUGCCACACCAUGAUUUGUCAUCAAAUUGCUGACGCCCCAUGGUCUUAGCCAUUGUGCUUGUGAGUCUUGUGAGAGCCAUUCACCCUCUGGGCGUCCGCCAUUUUGAAUGUUAUCAAGGGGAUGAAUAGGCGUGCUGGCUAGGACCAUGGUGCUGGCUAGGACCAUGGUGCUGGCUAGGACCAUGGUGCUGGCUAGGACCAUGGGGUCAGCAUUUCGAUGACAAAUUACAGUUACAUCGAAAUCGUAGGAAAAACCAGGAAGUUGAUCUUCUGUUUAUUUCUAUUCUGUGCUGUAGGCCUCAGGCCUGCAUGGUCUUUAAUUGGCCAACAUGUAGGUUCGAAAACCUUUUAACCUAUAUAGGGAUGCCUUACGGCCUACAGAGCUCUUUAGGUGCCUAUAUGCUUCUAUUAAGGGAAUUGAAACAUUCCCUAUAGGCACCGGUAGGCCACCUAUAGAGUUUUUUCCUUAGGGUUGGUAUUUUGAAACAUGUGACUUUCGAGACUUGUGAGCUGGCUUUUAUCGUAAAACCAUACUGCCCCUUGCCCUGUUCAAAUUUAGCUGGUAGGCAAAUUCUGAUUAGUCCAUUGAGUUGCAUUGCCUCCCAUUGGGUGAACAAUUAAGACAAGCGGUUCAUUAACUUCUUACGGAAGUGAUGCUUGCCAUAUAAUAAAUGGUUCAUAAUGCAUGUUUUUCACUUAUAUUGGCCCAUGUUUCUACUGUCUCGGUAGAUAACUAACUCAGCCCAAUCCAAUGCAUCAUUGGCUGUACUGUUUGACAUAUUAUGGAACCUAAGAUUUUACAAAAGGCAGCACCAAACCCAAUGGCGGAAAUCUUGGUGGGGCGGGGGGUGGCUGCCCCCCCCCCCGAGGAAAAUUGGCGAAUUUUCCGAGUACGACGAGGGCUAAAAGCAGUCUUUUCGAGUGCAAAUGGGAGGGGGGGUACGUCGGAAAUUUGAAAGUUUUGUCGGGAAUUUAGAAGGCUUUGCCCCCCCCCCCCCACCGGAAAAAGUGAAUUUCCACCACUGACCAAACCGAUACAGCCAUUUGCAGUUGAGCUUGUAACUUGUGUUGUAAAUGCUUUGAAAUGUGUAUUGUUUAUUUACUUUGCCCCUCAAAAUUUGCAAAGAUAGAAUGCAGUCAUGGCUUAAUUGUUAGAUAAUUAAUCAUAGGGCUGAGUUGGUUUACAAGCAAGCCGAGUUGGUCCUUGAACAGUGGGCCGAAUUGGUUAGUGGGCCGAGUUGACUGUAAUGCUAACAUGUUUUUGGUUCUCUGCACAUCCAUAAUUUAUUCCGAUUUCCCAUUUGACGUAAACAGUUUUCUUGGUUUUAAAGGAUUAUUGGAGGACAAGGAUGUAUCUGAAAUGGAAUGUUCACAAGUGCCGAUGUUGUGUGCUACACUGUCGUCCAUUAUCAAAAACAGAGAGACAGAACACUUUGAUAAAGCCGUCAAUAUCCUUUGGGAGUUAUACGAAGUUGUCCCAAACUAUCCAUUGGAAAUGUUUGCAAAUUUGACAAUUGACAUUCUCAUUUGUGUAUGUUGCUUAAAUGUUAUGGUGUAAACAAUAUUUUGUAUAAAAAUAAGGAACAAUCAGGCAAAGCUUUGCAGUUAUGUCAAUAAAAUGUUGAUUGUCUGAGACAUUUUUAACAACACUUUUUGUUGCAGUUAAAAUCAAAACAGAAGUUUUAAUUUGAUGAUUGUCUUUUAUACAGAGGAUAUUAAUGGAUUUGACAAAUUUGGAUACUGUUGAAAAUGCACAGUUAGUGAAUGACAUCUUGGGAUCAUUUAGGAUACCUGCAGAUAUAAAACUGGUAUGUUUUACCUUUUAACAAUGAAUAUGAAUUUUUUAAAAUUUUCUUUUGAGCAUAACAGUAGUGCAAUUAACUAAUACAGUCAGAAUUUUCCAUUGUCUUUUCAUUGUUUUGAAAAUCUUGCUGUUUUCCAUGCCAUCCAGUCAUGAUCCAGUGAUCAGAAUGUUCCAUUGUGUUUUCAUUGUUUUGAAAAUCCUGCUAUUCUCCAUGCCAUCCAGUCAUGAUCCAGUGAUCAGAAUGUUCCAUUG